CAGAGUGUUAUCUGAUCCACAUUUCAUUUCCACCACGAAAAGCUGAUCCAGCACAGCAUCCUCAUCAGGCACAACUAAGGAGAUGCGUGGCCUGCUGACGACCCAGAGCCAGAACGGCUACCGAGAGCAGAUCCAGAAGGAGAUGUUGACUCGUUUGGCCUGGAAAAGCCGCUACGCCAACCUCUACCCGUGUUACAAUCCCCGAAACAACAGCACAGAGUCAACACAGCUGCCCCGUCUGCCCGCUGACCCCCGGGCUGUCUUGCCACCUGUUACCAGGACGAUAGAGGAGCAGAGCAACCUUCCUCCUCGUCCUCCUCCUCCUCCUCCUCCUCGUCCUCCUGUGCUCUCUCUGGAGGGGGAGGGGCGUCUCAAUGUGCCCCCCCUGAUGAGGCCAGUUUCUCCUCAGACCAGACGUGCUCUCUAUCAGGACUCCUCUCACCAUGGUAAAGGGCGGAGUCUGUACUUACAGAGACGUGGCCUCGUCAGACCUGAGGAGAAGUUUGACUUUCCUCUGCUCUCGUCCUGGGAGUACGGCUGGAGGCUGGGUGACUACACUCUGGAUUACAGAACGCCAUCCCGCGCCAAGUCUUCAGUAGUGAAGAACACGUUCUACGCCAGGAACGGUGUGUUCUGCAGCGCGUCAGCCACCGACGCAAUGGGCUGAAGUUCAGCCUUCAUACACCAGAGGUCGCUCUUCAAUGAGAGUGUAGAACUGCAAACAGGCUUUAUGUGAUUAACACCAUUGGUGUUUGUUUUAAUACACACCCUGAUUUUGUUUUAGGGCGCUUGCACACCUGUAGUUUGGUAGACUUGGUGCAAUUUGGUGGAGAAGUUGCAACAUGGUUGCAUUUUUCAUUUGGUUCAGUUUGCGUUCACACUGCACUUUAGCAAACACACCAAACAUUGUAGACAAAUUCCAUAC